CCUAGUGAGGAAUGUACAGAAGGAAUGUGAAGCAUGAGAAUCGACCGACGUGAUGCCAUCGCUUCCUACUUCUGUAGUCAAUUGUAAUGCAUGCUUUGCAUCCUUCGUUCGAUAUUGGAAUUCUGAAAGCUGCAGCUCGUCUCUCCGACCCUUUCUACGAACCUGAUUAUUCCUCAGAAAAUGGUUGACCUCGGGAUCCUCCAAGUACAAUUGUAAAACCCCGUCUCGUGAAAGGCUUGUUGGUCAAGACAUCUGCAGCAGUGCAGUUCAUUACAGUGUCUAAAGAAGCAAGAAGCCGGAAGCACUGAUUAUCAGGAUGAAUGUAGCUGUAUAUGCUCAAAGCAACGAAGAAACUUUCUGCAGAUCAUGAUUUGAAUCAGUUGAGCUGAAUUGAGUGGGCGGGGAGGGGUGGAAUAGACGACAGCCAUGAUUUUGAGAAGAAGGCUGGUUUCUCUAUUGCACAAACAGCAGUUGUUAUCGGAAGCAUGGAAGCGACCAGAAGCGUUCGCAGCCACAUCAUAUUUCGCCACCGAUAGCAAAAAAGGCAAACGCCGGCCGACCAAGUCUGAUGUUCCAGAUGGAUUAUCUUCCAAUCGCACAGUUGAUGAGAAGGAGGUGGCACUCCAGGCAGCACUUGCCAAUAUUGCUGCCAAGUUUGGGAGGGAGACUAUCAUGAGGCUUGGAGAUAUGGCUGGUCCACGACAAGUUCCAGUCAUCUCUACUGGAUCAAUUGCUCUUGACACCGCUCUUGGAGUCGGUGGUCUCCCCAAGGGACGCGUUGUCGAAAUUUAUGGAUCUGAAGCAACGGGGAAAACCACUCUCGCCCUGCAUGUUAUUGCAGAGGCACAGAAAGCUGGAGGACGGUGCGUUUUCCUCGAUGUGGAACAUGCACUUGACAUAACGUUUGCGGAGGCAAUUGGUGUGCGGAUUGCGGAUCUGUAUGUUUCACAACCCGACAAUGCUGAGCAAGCACUUGACAUUGCUGACGAGUUUAUUCGGAGUUGUUCAGCCGCCGUUGUUGUCGUAGACAGCGUUGCCGCACUAGCUCCCAAAGCAGAGUUGGAAGGAGGCAUGGGUGAUGCACAUAUGGCCUUGCAGGCCAGACUCAUGAGUCAGGCACUUCGCAAGCUAACUCAUUCAUUAUCACGUUCUCAGACAAUUCUCAUAUUCAUCAACCAAGUCCGGCAUAAGUUAGGAGGAUUCGGCGGGUUUGGAGGUGCACCUAUUGAAGUCACCGCUGGAGGAAAUGCCUUGAAGUUUUAUGCUUCAGUUCGGUUACAUAUCCGUAAGAGGGAGGUAAUCAAACGAGGAGAGGAGACCUUAGGAUUCCAUGUAAUCGUCAAGGUUGCGAAAAAUAAAGUGGCACCACCAUUCAAGACAGCAGAGUUUGAAAUAGAAUUUGGUAAGGGAAUAUCCCAAGCAGGUGAAAUUCUCGACUUCGGAGUGCAGCUAGGAUUACUAAGUAAGUCAGGUGCUUGGUUCUCUUACCGUGGGGAGAACUUUGCAAACGGAAGAGAUAGUGCGAAGAAGUUUUUGAAAGAACACGAGGAUGUGGCUUUGGAGCUUGUGACAGCCAUCAGACAGAAAUUCCUUUUGGGCCCGCAACCUCCCAAAGAAGAAAACGCUGAAGACUUUGAUGAGGAUGAUGGGGCUUUGGAGACUGACGCUGAAGAGGCAGCUAAGGGCUAACAUGAUGCAGUAUCUCUUACACAAGAUAACAUGAGAUUUCUGUGAUCAAACUCUCGCAUUCAGCAUUAUCGAAAGGAGAAGAGGCCAAGACACGGCUUGCAUUACUCGGUCUAGCUAGACAGCUAUGUCAGAAGCACAUGUCAUUUUCUUUGUACAGUGAAUUCAAGCAGAUGUAGGAAGUUUGGAUAGAAACCAUUGUUGCGGGAAUAUGUACGAAAGAACUCAGUUGGAGUUUUAUUUCCACAUCCUGUAUUACUCGCCUCUUCGUGACGAUCUGUUUUACACUCGAGGUAAUAAUGAAGAUCUUCGCUAUCUCUUCAACCUUCCAUCAACUUCGCUUGCGUUGACAGGAAGAUGGAGGAUCAAUUGAUUGCGAUGUGAACAUCUCACAAUGCUUAAGAAAGAGGUCUUUUGAGGAUGUGACAAGUAGGGUCCCUACGUAGAUGAUUUCAGUAGCCACGAAAGUAAAACUUAGGACUUUUUUUUUAAUGCUGCGUAUCGUGGCCCCAC